AUGAAACGUCGGGCGGAAUGGUUUCGUCGCCUCAACCGUGGUUACAUUAAUACCAACGCUACUCACUACAAGGUCUGCAGCGAGCACUUCGUUUCUGGAAGGCCAUCCUACCUGAUGGACGUUACAAACCCAGACUGGGCACCCAGCUUACACUUGGGGUAUGACAGAAACUCAGCUGCUAAAUCUGAAGCAAGGCACCAGCGACGUUGCAAGAGGGCUGCGACCUCAAAGGAGAUCCAAGAGGGCAAUAGCAGAGUUCUCCAGCCUUCAAAUGUGUUGAACGUGCAGCACAGCGCUGUGUGCAGAACUGUCACGGGCACACCACUUGCACGCCCUGUUACAGCACAUAACAAGGAAGCUGAUGAGCCACAUUGCGCACUCAACAGCGGUUCAGGUCAGUGCCCUAGAUAAGCUGUUCAUACAGGCUGGAUUUUACAUCACAGUGUGCUUGUAAUGGAAUUAUAUUGUUCCCGAUGGUCUUUGAGCUAGCAGGCAGUGGCAAGUUGUGUACUUUUAAUUUUUGCAUGGUUGGUCUUUCUGACAAAAAUUACAAAACCUCACUA